AGGAGUUGCUGUGGAUAUUCGAAGAGACGCGCUAAACACAAACAACAGAUGAAAAUCAUCUUUAAUGUCUUUAUUUAGAUCAAAACAAAUGAUAUGGCUUCGAAAUCUGACCCGCUGCUCAUUGUUGUGUCCAUACUAGAAGGUCAUCAGUUUCCCAGGAGACCUCGGCAGACUUUAGUUGUGGAGGCUCGGUUUGAUGGAGAAACUCUGUCCACGGAUCCAGUAGAACACAGUGAACAACCACAGUUCUGUACUGAGCUGGCCUGGGAGCUGGACCGCAAGACCCUUCACCAGCACAGACUCCAGAGGACCCCCAUCAAACUGCAGUGUUAUGCGGUGGAUUCCAGCACGUCUGCAAGGGAAUGUGUGGGAUAUAUUAUUCUUGAUCUAAGAUCAGUACAAGAGAUCAAACAGGCUCCUAAAUGGCAUCCAUUGCUUAGCAGCAAGUACACAAAAGUAAAACCUGCUCUGCUGAUUGGCGUGAUUCUAGAGAACGACAUCAAACAGACACCUGAGCAGUUCAAAGCCAAGAAAGCUCCUCCGAGAGAAGGUUCUCCAGCACGUCUUCCUCUCGAUGCAGGUCAACUUAAAGCAGUUUUAAAUUCAGAUGAAGGCUAUCAUCAGAUCGGACCUGAAGAUCUCUGCCCUGACAUGUUUGUGUUGUCAGUAACGGUCGCUUUUGCUACACGAUUGGAGCAGUUGAUCUCCAGCUCAGUGAAGGCUUUAUCUGAGGCUUCAGACUUCUCAUUUUAUUACAACCUCCUGGGAAACGAUGUCACCAGCGAACCUUUCCAGAACCUCCUCAGUCCUAACUUCGAGCCUGAACGGGCCUCCGUACGCAUCCGCAGCAGUGAUCGUGUUUUGCGGCUCUUCCUCUCUCAGCAACCCAGUAUCCGGAUCCAUCUAUGCUGUGGGAAUCGUUCACUGGGCAGCACUGAGAUCAGUCUUGCUGGAUUAUUAAAGAGCAGCACGGAUCUGACUCAACGUUCUGCUACUAUAGAGGGAGCUUUCAUCCUGCAGCCUCCCAAUCGGGAAAAAACGAAUCUGCAGUCUGUCCCACCGGACCUCCAGCCCACAGUGGGUGUGUCUGUGACACUGAGAGCAGAAGACGUCAAUAAUCAGUUUGAUGCACCUGUUGAAAACGAGCCUAAAACUCCAGUGAAGAAAAGUCUCGUCCCAGACGCCCAUCAUGGACGUCCUCCAGUCCAGCAACAUCAAGCACAAACCCCAUCACCUGUCAGGAAAUCACCUAAUCUCCAUCACAGAUUACCAGCAGCGUCUCCAGAGAGCUCCCAGAGUGAGGCGGAGACUCUGUCCAGUGAUGUCAGACAGGCCCCGCCCACUGUCUGUGAUGUGUCUGCCCCUGUUACCCCCGCUGCCACACGUGAGCCUGAAGCCGACACGUCAGUCUCAGUUUCUGCUCCAAAGAUCUCCGUUCCUGCCUCUGCGCGUCAUUACUGCUUCUCUCUGGACCUGAGGAGCAUCCGAGAUCUCAGGACGAGCGUCCCGGUCAACUGCAUCCUCAGAUACUCUUAUCAGUUCUUCGGCAGCGCAGCUCCCAUCAUGACGAGUCCAGCGGUGGAGCUGAGGAGGAACACUGAGGUCUUUCUGCCACAGUCUUACUGUGCUUUUGAUUUUGCUGCUCUGCCCAAUCAGCUUCAUGAAACCUUUCUCAGGGUUCCUCUGCUGGUGGAGAUGUGGCACAAAGACUCAAACUCUUCAGAUCGUCUGCUAGGUUCUGUCAAUAUUCAGUUGUCUGAACUCCUCGGCUCUGAGAAGACUCGUUUCCUCGACCCGUCAGGCAUGCAGCAGUGCAGACAGACUGUUUCAGAGAGGGUACCCAUCAUUGCAGCACAUGGGUCUGAGAAAUUGGCUGAACUUUCUUACGUGGCUGUUUUAGAAGAUUUGGGUUUGGUGAACGCUCAAGAUAUUGUCAUCUCUGAACCGUUACAGGAGCAGCAGAGGUCAGCAGCUCCUCCUCGGGGUCAGACGGAGGUGGAUACCCUGACUCGACCUCGAGAGACCCUGGAGUACAAGGCAGCGCUGGAGCUGGAAAUGUGGAAGGAGAUGCAGGAAGAUCUGUUUGAUAAUCAGCUGAAACAGAAGGAGUUGAGUCACAUGCAGGCAUUGGCUGAGGAGUGGAGAAGAAGAGAUCAUCAGCGAGAAGCUCUUAUCAAGAAGAAGGAGCUGGAGUAUGAUCUACUAGAACAACAGUUACAGAAGACUCUGUCUGAUCUGGAGAAGAGAGAGAAAGCACUCGCUCAUGCUGAGAUGGAGACGCAGACGCUGCAGCGCGAGAUGCGAGCCGAGCACGAGGUGAAGGCGCGAGAGCUGCAGGACAGCGGACGACGUCUACGCGAGGACUGCGCGCACCAGGUGGAGCUAGAGAGGUCAAAGGUCAGACAGCUGGAGGAUCAACUGAACCGACAGCAACAGCAGAUAAAAGAAUCAGAAGUGAAGUACAAGCAGCUGGAGAGAGAGUUUGAUCAGUACAGAGAGCAGCAGAGCACUCGUCCAGAGAUUCGUCUUCAGUCUGAGAUUAAUCUCUUGAGUCUUGAGAAGGUGGAGCUGGAACGAAAGCUGGAAUCUGCAACAAAAUCCAAACUUCAUUACAAGCAGCAGUGGGGACGAGCGCUGAAAGAGUUGGCCAGAUUUAAACAGCGAGAGCAGGAGAACGCAAUGACACGCUUGAAGAAACAGCAGCAGGAACUGGAGCACAUGCGCUUACGCUUUCUGGCCGCUGAAGAGAAGGAAGCCGUCAAACACGAGAAACAAGAACUUCAGGAGAUCCACAACCAACUGAACAGACUGAAGCAGGUGGAGGAAUCGAGCAGACGCGUUGAAGCGUCGGCCGUCUGUCUGAAUGACAUCACAGAUGAACAUGUGACCCGUCUGCUGGAGGAGAGAGAUGCUUUACUGAGGACCGGUGUCUACACGCACACAGACAAAAUCAUUUCUGAACUCAACAGACAGAUUCAAGAAGCCAUGAGCAACAGAAGAGAUCACUGAGAGAUGAGCAUUAAAACCACAACAGAUGUAUAUAGUUGUGUAUUUCUAUCAUGUUUUCAUCUGUUUUAAGAGUUGUGUGUCUGAUCUUUACAGAUUUAUACUGAGCUAACAGUAAAAAACAUCUUCAAUGUUUUGCACAGAUUUCAUGUGGGGUGUGUGUGUGUGUGCGCGCGCAUGUGUGUGAUUGUGUAGAUGUGUAUGUGAUUGUGUAGGUAAGCGUGUGUGUGUGUGAUAUCAGCAGAUGGCGCUGUCUCUUAGCAAAUCAUUCAAUAUAAUACUGUGUGUGUGUGUGUGUGUGUGUGUGUGUGUGUGUGUAUUUAUAGCUGUGUUUGUUUUGUUAUUAGUGUUUUGUUUUUGUAAAAUGAAUAAAAUCAAAUAUUUCCCAGCUCUUAUUGAUGAGUUUCUGUAAAGAAUAGAAAGUGUGUUCACCCUCACGUCAAAGCAAACGUGUGUGACAGAGUCUCAUAUAAACUAAAGCAUCAGUCAAUAUAAAUGUUAUCCUAAAGUCAUGUUAAAAAACACUCGAGUAAUUAAAGCUCUUAACAUAAAAACAAUUUUAAUAGCAUUUGAUCAUUUUUAUUACUUUACAAAAUCUCACUUAAA